CUCGUCUCGUCCCCAGAAUUGAAAAAAAAAAAAACAAAAUGUCCGAGAGAAAAUAGGUUUAAAAAAAAAAAAUAAUCUGCGUGAGAAGAGAGUUUAUGCUCGUGACUUUUGAUUCCUGUUUCUUCGUUGUCGAUUUUAGACAUCCACAUUGGUCCUCGUAGAUCUGAAGAACAUACAUAUAAUCCCACCGGAUUGGGUAUUACGAAUUAGCGCGUUUCGUUGACAUCGAGAUUCGAUUGUUGUUGUUGUGUUCGAAGGUCACGACACGACGAGCUAGUUUGAUUCGAUUUGGAAUCGUCUUUUUGAUUCGCAUUCCGGAUCUAAUCUGGAGGAGACAUUGUUUUGGUGGAUCUGCCCUAAUCUGAAGAAGAGCCAUUCCUUGUCUUUUUUUAUUUAUUUAAUUUAAUUAUUCUUCUGGAUUAUAAGAGAGAUGGAUCUAUCGGCGGUUAGCGAAGAGCUGGCUGAGAUCGAAGGACAAAUCAAUGACAUCUUCCGUGCUUUGUCAAAUGGAUUCCAGAAGCUGGAGAAGAUCAAAGAUGCUAAUAGGCAGAGUCGUCAGCUCGAAGAACUCACUGACAAAAUGCGUGACUGCAAGAGGUGACCAAUUUCUUGAUUUAUAUAAUUAUAUAUAUGCUUUUGAUGAUUUUGAUAAUUUGUUCUUCUCUUGCAGCCUUAUUAAAGAUUUCGAUAGAGAAGUCAAAAGCUUGGAAAGUGGAAAUGAUGCCAACACUAACCGGAUGUUGAACGAUAGACGUCAAUCUAUGGUUAAAGAACUAAACUCAUAUGUUGCUCUUAAGAAGAAAUAUUCAUCCAAUCUAGCAAGUAAUAACAAGCGAGUUGAUCUUUUCGAUGGACCUGCAGAAGAUCACAUGGAAGAGAAUGUCUUACUUGCUUCAAACAUGUCCAAUCAAGAGCUAAUGAAUAAAGGAAACUCUAUGAUGGAUGACACUGAUCAAGCCAUUGAAAGAGGCAAAAAGAUUGUUCAAGAGACUAUAAAUGUGGGAACAGAUACUUCAGCAGCUCUCAAGGCUCAGACCGAUCAAAUGAGUAGAGUUGUCAAUGAACUCGAUUCUAUUCAUUUCUCACUCAAGAAGGCCUCCAAGCUGGUCAAGGAAAUUGGUAGGCAGGUGGCCACGGAUAAAUGUAUUAUGGCAUUUCUUUUCCUUAUUGUCAUUGGUGUCAUAGCAAUCAUCAUCGUCAAGAUUGUGAACCCAAACAACAAAGACAUCCGUGACAUACCUGGCCUAGCUCCACCAGCCAUGAACAGACGUUUACUCUGGAACCAUUACUGAAACCAAAAUAAUCUCAUUUCAUGCAUUCAAAUUACUGGUACGUUGUGCACGCUUCUUGGUCCUUCCCAUAAGUGCAUGUUGUCGUUAGAUGAAGCGGACUCACUUGAGAAAAUUAACCAGUUUUUAUUCCCAUGGCUUUUGUCAAGUCACAGGAAUCAAAUUCAUUUUCUUUACCAUCCCAGAUUCAAAAAACCCAUCAUUUUGCUGUUCAUGUGCUUUGUAUACCGAUGACUCUUUAUGUGUUAUAUCAUAUGUAUGUCUUUUUAUUUUAUUUUUAAACGUGGCAUAUGUUUCAUGUUCUGGUAAUAAUUUACUCGUUCCUCUGUUUUCACUGGUUUAUGUU